AUGCAGAUCAAAGAUUUGACGUGGAGUAAAGGCGAAGAGGAGGAGGAGGAGGAGGAGGAAGACGAGGACAUCGCUGGUGAUGACGAAGAGGAGAACGACGCGUCUGCAUCCUCGACGGAGAAGUCAGCAGAGGAGACUCAGAAGUUCACACGUAAUCAUGUGACAUGUGAUCUUCCCCCGAAGCCCGAAGAGCUGAAAGAAGAGUCGGUGCCGGACGGAGAGCAGAGAGCAGCAGAGAUCAGCGAGCAGCCCGACGCCACAGCCGGACAGAAGACGGACGGCGACGCCAAACCGGCCAAUGGGACGACAGGCGGCGACGCAAAAACCCAAUCAGGAGCCAACAAAAAGCUCUCUCUCUUCAGGCGACUGUCCUCCUCCAGGUCCAAGCAGGCGGACGACGGGGGUCCGACCCCGGCCGAGGCUCCCGUCCAGGGGGAGCCUCCAGCUCCAGCCUGCGGGCCUCACCAGGGAGGAGCUGUGCAGCCACCUGGAGCAAGCCGAGGGCCUCGCUCUGGGGCCUGCACGGUGCUGUGAGCCGGUACCCUUCAUCACCCAGAUGUGAAGACGCUCAAGGAGAACAAACCUGAACGGAUCUGCCGUUCUGUGCUGUUUAAAGGAAUACUCCACUGAAAAUCUCACAGAAUCCAAAUCCUGAACACAGACUUCACACAGAAACUAGAAGCGUCUUUUUAAAAAAAGAGUGUUUUCAGCUCAAUCAUCAGAACCUGAGCAGGUUUAU